GACAUGCGUGGAGGCAACGAAUCAAUCUUUAUGCACCAGAACUAUUAAAUAAUUAACAUAUCGACGAGUACUAUGAGCACAUUGAGGGUAUUGGAGUUCUACUCCGGUAUUGGAGGCAUGCAUUUUGCAGCUGAAGAAGCUGGCUGGGACUACAAAAUUAUAAAAGCAUUCGACAUCAAUACCACCGCUAAUGAGGUUUAUGCGUUCAACCACGGAAAAUCAGUCAUUGCACAAAGAAAUAUAGAAGCACUGCCACUAGAAUUUUAUGACGCUCAGAAAGCGGAUGUUUGGACCAUGUCGCCACCUUGUCAACCACACACUCGCACAGGUUUAAAGCUGGAUUCAAAGGAUCCUCGGUCGAAAAGUUUUCUAUAUUUGAUGAAUAUGCUUCCAAACAUGAAGCAUCCUCCAAAGUACAUAUUGGUAGAAAAUGUCAAGGGUUUCGAUGAAUCAGAUUCUCGUGACGUUCUCAUACAGCAACUAGAAGAAUGUGAAUAUACAUACCAAGAGUUUUUGCUGAAUCCAUUGCAGAUGGGCAUACCCAACUCUAGAUUACGAUACUACUUACUGGCGAAAGCAAAACCAUUAGCCUUCGCGAUGGAACCUACCGGAUCCAUCAUAGGAUAUGUUCCAUCAUCAAAGACUCUCACAACCGAGUUUAAGGACGAACGGGGUGUCAUCAUCAAGGACGAGGAAACGAUUCUUAAAAGCGAGAAAGUGGCCCGAAGACACAUUCACGAAUUCUUAAGUCAUGAUGAAGACCUACAUCAAUAUAAUGUUCCUGAUAAGGUUUUAUUGAAGCAUGGCCACGCGUUUGACAUUGUCAAACCGUCAGCUUCAAGAAGCUGUUGUUUUACUAAAGGAUAUUACCACUAUGUGGAAGCAACUGGUUCAAUCUUGCAAGUGAACGAAGAUGGUGAUACCGACGACACUUUCAGUCAACUACAGCGGUGGAAAGACUCCGCUCGAGAGACAGGUACAUCCGCGGAUGAGCAGGAUCAGCAGAAAGUUCUGACGUGUCUUCAUCAUCUGCAGUUGCGAUACUUCUCACCAAGAGAGGUAGGCAACCUCAUGGGAUUUCCUACAAGCUUUGGGUUCCCAGAGACCAUGAGUCUUAAACAAAAGUAUCGAACACUUGGUAACAGCAUCAACGUGUUAGUGGUGGCCGAACUCAUGAAAUAUCUGGUUAAGGAAGGCAGUAGCAUGGAGCCAGCAGCCAAGAUGAGGAAGCUGGAGCAUUCAUCACAGUAAUUGGACGCUGUGCUGCAAAUAUUUAUAGCGGGCCGUGGCGAGAUGGAGUGGUGGCUAUGCGUCGUCUGGUUUUUCCUCAUUUAAAAUUUUUGGGUUGACUUCAUGGCGGAGCAAGCAUUUAUUUGUCGGAGUAGGAGGAUGAAACGUUCCAAACUUAUCCCAUCUAUUUUUGACAUGGUCAAAUAACCGUCCGCUUCGGCUCGCUUUGUUAGAUGCAGAAGUUUCCGUUUUGUAUGGUAGAAGUUGAAAUAAAUUCAGUUCAUGCAUUGAUAUGGAUU